AUGGCCGAUCCCGGGGGCCAAGCCGGGACAACCCACUCGCGGUCCUCUGCGCCACGGGUCCGCCUCACCUGUGAAGCAUGUCGCCAGCGCAAGGUGAAAUGUGACAAGUCAAGUCCUUGCACAAGUUGUCAUCGACUUGGCCUCGUGUGUGUUCCUGUGGAACGCGCGCGUCUCCCGCGCGGUCGCACGCGAAAACCCGAGCGCAUUGUAGGCUCGGACAAGGAACUCUCUGAGCGGGUAGCGAGGCUCGAGAAACUUCUCAAAAAAGUCGCCAAUGAGCAAGGAGAUGAACAAAAGGCUUUCUCAGCUGUCACUGUGCCUGCAUCUCCAUACACACAGCAGCAGUCGGUGGUAGGGGCCAGCAAUGCCGGUCCUAAUACUCAGCAGGAUCGGAAUGAGAACUUAUUCGGCGCAGGUCAACCACAUCUUCCUCGCCCUUCAACUGCCUAUGUUGGGGGGCCAUUUUGGGAGGAUAUCAUGCAGCAGACCCAAGAAUUGCGCAGUGUCCUGGAAGGUCGUCUAGAAAAUGGGGACCGCGGUGUUGAAGAUUCAGCAGCUGGCUUUGGCACAUCGCUUGUGAGCUCAGAAAGCCCUGAAAGCUUGUCUAACUCACCCCAGGUCAACAGAAGAUUAAGUCUUCAACCCCAAAUCCGGCACAGGCUAUGCGACAUUUUCUUCCACAAUGUCGAUCCUCUCUUCAAAAUUUUACAUCGGCCGUCGCUACAAGCAUAUAUUAAGGAUGGGAUGCCUUACCUUGACUAUGAGCAGGAUCAUCAAGCGCCAGCUACCCUUGCUUCGGCUAUUUAUCUUUGCGCUGUCUGUACUCUCGACGAAGUGGAAUGCCAGUCAAUUUUCAGUACGAGCAAAAAUACAAUAGUCGCAGAAUUCCACCAGGAAACCGAAUUAGCGCUCGCCAAGGCGGACUUUGUCACGACGAACGAUCUCACUGUUCUGCAGGCUUAUAUCAUCUCUCUGCUCGCCGCUCGAUCUCAAGACCAAAGCCGAAGGGUCUGGACCAUGUUGAGCAUGGCACUCCGAGUAGGCCAGGCAUUAUCCCUCCACAUCCCCCAGCCACCAUUCACAGUGCGCCCUUUCGAGCACGAGAUGCGCAAGCGAGCAUGGCUAGGAAUCGGCAUUCUCGAUGUAGCAGCCUCACUAGACAGGGCAUCCGAGCCGAUGAUGCAAUCUGUAUGGAUCGACUACAACCUACCGUCUAAUAUCAACGACGAGGACCUCUGGUUCGAUAUGCCAGGGCCAGUCCACGAACACACAGAUGGCAGAUUUACAGACAUGACGCACACCUUGAUUACCGCAGCGGCAACGUCUGUGACAAGAACACUCGCAUUUUCGGACCUCACUGAGCCAGCUGUGAGUAUCAUGAGUUUGCGGCAGCAAGUCGUCCACGAUUUCCAACAAAAAGCGUCAGACCUUCUGAGCGGAUGUAGGCCCGACCUGUCGGAAUUCCAGUGGUACGCGCAAAAGGUAGCAGGUGUUACGGGCAGCUGGCUGCAGCUAGCCUGUCUCCGGCCUCUACAACGAAGCUAUAAUUUUGUACCCCCGAAAAUUCAAGAGAACGCCCUCCUCAAAAUCGCAGCUGACAAUCUGCACUGGUCGCAGGAGGCAUACAACUACCCAGGCGCCAGGUCUUGGCGGUGGUAUGUCUCGAUGUGGGUUCCGUGGCACGCAUUGGCUGUGGCCCUUGCCGAACUCUGCGUCUGCAAAAGUCCCGCGGUAAUUUCAAAGUACUGGACUGUCGUUGACGACGUCUACCAACGCUCGCGGCUUAUAAUUGCAGAUUCCCAGCAGGGAAUGCUCUGGAAGCCUUUGGAGAGGCUCAUGUCACAGGCGAAAACGCGAAGAACUGAGCUUCUCGGUGUUAAUGUUGAUACUUCCCACCAAGCGGCGUGUCCGUAUUUCGACGGCAUCUCUUUUGGGCCUUUUUCGAAACAACCUGAACCUCAACAGGAUCCCACGGAUUUUUCGCUUGGUUUGAGAGAGGCCAUUGAUGCACCGCGCGAUUCGCAUGUCGCGGAAGUGCCGACUUCCUUUGCGCCGGUGCCCUGGCCCAAUGUGUGGGAUGCGAUGGAUUUGAGGGACCCGACCUUACAAAGUGGCUCCGAUGACAAUGCUUGGUUGAGUUACGAGAACUUCAUCGAAAAUGUUUACGAUAGCGUUGAUUCCAUUUUCUUGCCGCGGUGA